AUGUUCAGUUUUUUUGGCUCUCGUUUUUAUGACUUUGAACUUAUUCGCAUCCUGGGAAACACUCCGUCUGGCGGAUGUGACGUUGCAGAAUUCCUCGAGGCACUUGGAAAGAUCAAAAGGCAUGACCCUGAAAGCUGGUACUGUGCUUGGAACGAACAGGGCGAGCGAGCUGAAAAGAUAGCCCAAGAGGCUGUUCGUGACGGCCACACAAAUUCUGCUCGACGAGCGCACUUACGAGCCACCAAUUACUUCCGUGCCAGCACGUAUAUGCUGCCUAACUCUGACACGCGAAUCGUCCUCAAUUCGGAGAGGUCCAUCCGGAACUUUAGGGAAGCCAUUCCUCUGAUGGACGGGGAGACUGUCGUCCUUGAUAUACCGUAUGAGAGUGGGAUUGUCUUGCCCGGAUACCUUUACCUUCCUGCACCCUCAAAACGACUGGCGGGUCAGAAGACGCCAGUACUUCUGAAUUGCGGUGGCGCUGAUUCAACCCAGGAAGAGCUAUAUUUCCUGUAUGGUGUUGCGGGAACAGAUCUCGGGUACGCGGUUCUCACAUUCGAAGGACCGGGCCAGGGCCUUAUCCUGAAGAAAGAAAAGAUACCCAUGCGACCUGACUACGAGGUUGUGACAAGUAAAGUGCUGGAUCAUCUAACUGGUAUUGCUCAAGCGAAUCCAGACUAUAAUUUGGAUCUGGAGAAAAUCGCAGUUGCCGGAGCAUCCAUGGGCGCGUAUUAUUCUCUCCGCGCAUCCACGGACCGUCGUAUCAAAGCCUGUGUCGCCGUCGACCCAUUCUACAGCCUCUGGUCCCUCGCUUUGACUCGCAUGCCAUCUGCUUACGCCAACCUUUGGCAAUCAGGUUGGAUCCCGGAAUCACUGUUCAACUGGACUGUCCGGCUAUCCAUGAUCUUCGACUUUGCCAACCGCUGGGAGUUUUCCCUCGGGAGUUGUAUGAUGGGCACAUCGACACCCGGCGAUACUCUUCGGCGUUUUCAGGCUUUCACCCUUGGCUGA